UUUCAGAAGCUUCACAAGUGAAUCCUUCAUUUCCAAUGACGCUCUGUGUGGCGAUCCAAAAUUUGAUGUUCCACCAUGCCAAACCAAUCCACAACAUGGAUCAAAAUUGAAAAGGGUGCUUUUAAUUACACUUUGCUUACUGGGGAUUGCUAUUGUGGUCGUCUUAGCCUUGGCCGUUGUAUUCAUAAGAUUCCAGAGGAAGAAAAAGGUUCCAAGUGCAACAGAUUUCUUUCCUGGUGUAACCAGGAAAGAAAGAGUUUCUUAUUAUGAGCUGUUACAAGCAACUAAUGGGUAUGGUGAGAGCAAUUUAAUUGGCUCUGGGAGUUUUGGAUCAGUUUAUAAAGCGACUCUAGGUGAUGGUAGGUCAGUGGCUGUAAAAGUAUUUAAUUUGCAACUAGAAGGUGCAGAGAAGAGUUUUGAUGUGGAAUGUGAUGCACUCUGCAACCUUCGCCAUCGAAAUCUCGUGAAAGUCAUCAGCAGUUGCUCUAAACAUGAUUUCAAAGCCUUGGUCCUUGAAUACAUGUGUAAUGGGAACCUUGAGAAAUGGCUGCACUCUCCUAACUAUUUCUUGAAUGUCUUCCAAAGAUUGGACAUUAUGAUAGAUGUGGCAAGUGCUUUGCAAUAUCUGCACCAUGAAUACUCGACACCUGUGAUUCACUGCGACUUGAAACCAAGUAAUGUCCUCAUUGAUGAAGAUAUGGUCGCCCAUGUAAGUGAUUUUGGUAUUGCAAAGUUCUUGGGAAAGGAGGAGAGCACUGCAUUAACCAAGACCUUAGCAACAAUUGGUUAUAUGGCACCGGAAUAUGGAUUGGAAGGAUUAGUGUCAACAGCAUGUGAUGUCUACAGCUAUGGAAUCCUGCUAAUGGAAGUCUUUACGGGAAGAAGGCCUAGUGAUGAAAUGUUUGAUGGAAAUAUAAACUUGAAGAGUUGGGUAAAAGAUUCUAUGCCUAAUGCAACUGUUCAAGUUAUAGAUGCAAAAUUGUUGAAGCCUAAUGAAGAACGAUAUGCAGAAAAGUUGGAAUGUUUGUCGUUAAUCAUGAGAUUGGCCUUAAAUUGUGUUCCUGAAUCUCCCAAGGAAAGGCUCAGUAUGAAAGCUGUUGUGGAUACAUUGCAUAAGAUCAAGCUAAGAUAUCUUGAGUGUCAUGUCACGGACGUAAAUAAAUAAAGAAUGCAAUAUUCCAAAGCAUCUUUCUGUACGGAUUAAGAAACUAUAUAGUAAAUAAGUUUCUCAAAUCUUUGGGGGAAAAAGCCAACUUGGAUCGUUUUCUCUGAUCCCCAAAACCCUGUUUGUUUGAAUCUGUAAUUUUACUUGCAAUUUACUUCAUAUUUAGGCACACCCAUUUAUUGGUCCUAUAUUUAGGCAUUUUUAUGUAUGUUUAGCUUAAUUUAUUAAAAAAGCUAAUACAUAAUGUCUCCUCUUCAUGAGUUUCCAGGGACAUCUCAAAAUAAAAACCCUUAAUUUAUCUUUAAGUUAA